AUCAAAAUAUCCAAAUUAGAAUGAAUUUAUCUAAAGUCAGCAAUGAAAAGAAACUCCAAUUGUGCAAGAUAUAUUUUAGAACUGGUUUUGCCCUGCUUCCCUUCGUAUGGGCUGUAAACUUUUGCUGGUUCUUUAAAGAAGCUUUUAAGACCCCAUCGUCUCCGUCAUAUCCAGAACAACAGCAAAUUAAAAAUUACGUGAUAUACUCUGCACUCGGCACGCUUGUAUGGAUAUUGAUUUUAACGGCUUGGAUUAUUAUUUUCCAAACAAAACGUGCCGAUUGGGGAGCGGUCGCUGAUUAUAUGAGUUUCAUAAUACCAUUAGGGAAGCCUUAAUAAAAUAUAAAACAUUAUUCAAUCUUGACAUUCCGAAUGUGAAAAAUACAUAUGUCAAAAAUAAUAAAAUUAUUUUUAAUUUAAACGUAAAGAAGGCUUCACUCUGCUUUACCCGGUUGCUUUUAUUCUUUGUUUGCUCUUUCAAAUGAAACUGCAGAAUCAAUCAAUCUAUUUACCAUUCAUCCGGUUCCUUCCAACAACAACGUAAGAAACAAGAUAGGGAAGAAAAACAAAAAACAUCAAGUUUUUUACAAAGGUGUCUAUAUGAAGAGAUCUUCACAUAACCUGCUGCUUGCAAUUUUAUUGUUAAAAGAGCGGGGUCACAGAAAACGAUAAAACAGAAAUAGAGGAUGAUUACGACGUGAACUCGACGAUCCAGAUUGUCCACGUCCUCCACGGCCACUGCGCCGAUCUUCUACCA